AAACGCUCACUAUAACAGGAAAGAGUUUUCUAUGGUGGCAUGUUUCGGAAAGAGAAUUAGGUUCAUAGUGUUCAGAUUCUGCUAUGGUUUAUUCAUUUUGAAUAUCAAACAUAGAGAAACAUUUGAUAGAGGUAUGAGGAGAAAAAAAAUCUGAAUGGCAGGACAUCAGCAGACUGACCAGAUGGCAGCAUCUCUUGCAUCACAAGGAUUACAAGAAGAUGCAGUUCCUUUUAAUUCAACACCUUUGCAUCAAAAUGUUCCCCAAAGAGGAACAGGAAUUGACCUGCAGCAGACAAGGUCAUCCUUAUCAUCAACACCAUCUUUUGCUGUACCACCACAAAUGCGGACUUCGAGGACUGCUAUAUCAUCGAGUCUUCCAUCCCAGAAUAUGCUGACACAAGAAAGUAGAAGUAUUUCUCCAGUUAACCCAAACUCAGGCAGUGAUGCAUUGUCACUGCAGCAAGAUCUUUUGAAGCAAGUUGAUCCAAAAGCUGUAAAGGCUGUAACUGGAAUCAUACCAUCCUCAGGAUCUUCCAUUUCACCAUCAAUGUCAAGCUCACUUACUGACUUGCCUUCCCUGAAAAAGACUCCGUCUUUGAAAGUUGACGAUAUCUCAGAUGAAGACAUUGAGAACUACAAAAAACAGUUUCCGAAGGAUAUUAGAUCAGAUAUAUAUGAUGCUAUGAUCAUUCAUCAAGAUGAAGAUGUACAAGAGGUAUUACAGUUUUUGUCACGAGUUAACAGUGAUGUUCAGCUCAGCCAGGGAGAAAAGGCCAAGGUUGUUCUUUAUACAGAUGUUAGGCCAGAUAUCGGUACUCCAAUUGGUCAGUUAGACGAGAGCUUAUCUUUGUGCACAUAUGUUUUCCUUUAUGUCACCAAAAAAUUCUGCUCAGAUGGUUGGACAGAAUUUUCCAGCCAGACUUGUCUUAUGGAUGCUAUUUAUAAUUCAGAGAAAAAAUGGUCAGUGGUUCCAAUAUUUACUGAACCCAGAAGACAAGCAACCUACAAAAUACCAGCAAGCAUUCGUUCUCUGAAAGGCAUCCAGUACUGGAGUGAAGACAAAUUUUAUGCAGAUUCCCUGCGAAAGUUGCUGGAUGACAAGCUGUAUGUGCGAAAAAGUAAAGAGGUUGAGCUGAAGCAUAAACGAAAAAUGUGGAUCUUGAAGAAAAAAGCUGAAGAAAUACGAGAACAGGACAGAAGAGAACAGGAGACACGGCAUGCAGCAGAAGAAGAGAUGCUUACACAGUCAAUGUAUGAGAAAGCAAAGGAGAAGAAAGAAUUUCAGCAUGUGAAACGCAUACAGCUUCUAGAUCAGUCACAAAUGGAGCAAUUGUGUCAAGAAUACAGCAGGCAUACAUAUGAAACAGGAUAUCUGCAAUAUCUUUCCAAGUGUUUUACAGCACCAGCUAAUCUUGAUAGCUAUAUGGGUGCAGAUGUUCCACCUGUGUUUCAUUCAAGCCUGAGUAUGCCACACAAGUCAGCUGUACAAACCCCUUCAGGCACAUAUCUACCUCGAGAAAUGACACAGAGUCUUGAAGGAACCAGCAGUUACAUCCCACAUUUCACUGUAAGUAAUUUAUCAUCUGACUCUGAACUUUCAAAGAGCAUGGAUGAUUCAAAUACAUUUCCCUCUUUGACAGCACCACAAGCCCAAAUAUCAAAAUCUUCAGGUACUGAACUGUGUCCUCUAUCUGUAUCGUCAGACCAUUCGAGCCCAUUGUCAUCUGGGUCAGGGUCAAUGUCAAGAAUUUAUUCACAGACGCAUUAUAAUAACCCAAAAGUAACAACACUGGGUACGGGUAGUGAAUCUGUCCUUAGAGGCAAUGAGAUGGAUAAGCAUUACAAAUAUUUUGAUCUUCCAGCUACUGAUCAUAAUAAAACUAUGGCAAGUCCAGGUAGCAUGGCUGUUUCACAGAGGCGUGGAGGAAACAGCCAAGAAUCCAUCUUGCAUUUAACUGAAGAUACUUCUGCACAGCAGCAAAGAGGGUUAUUACUGCCAGCUGGUUCAGAGAGAUUGUCGGCAAGUCCUGACAUUGAAGAGGAUAUUCCUCCAGCCUCUCGAGUCAGUACUGGCAACCUAGGAGAGGUACAAAUGCUUCAGCAAGUCAGUGGCACACAGAUAAACAGUGCUAAUACUGCAUCUGUGCUACCUAGACAAAGUCACUUACCAUCACAGGCUCCAGGGAAUAUCAUGGCUGGUCCCACAAACCCAUUCACAGAACACCAACAUGGCCCACAUGUUGGCAGUCAUCAUUCCCCUUUGAUGGCAGCAUCUCAGUAUGUAUCAGGUCUUCAGUACAUCCCACCUGAAAGAUUCCCAACCAGUGCCUCAGUGCCAGGGCAUUAUAACCCUUAUCUUCACUUGGGUCAGCAGGUAAAGGAGAUUCACCACCACCACUAUGUUAACCCCUAUGUGCCUCCAACUAUCAAUAUCAAGAAGGUGGAAAAUGUAAUGGUGGGAGAAACAGUUCAGAUUACCCAAAAAGACAACAGACGUGGGAGACAUAAGGCAGAUUAUCAGUCACCAGUCAGGGAUAGGGAAGAUGGCUUUCAGGAUACUACACCAGGGGAGUUUGAUCCUGAAGAGCUGGUUUCACGAGGCCCUGACUCUUUGAGCUUGCCAUCAAAUGUGCCCAUCAGUGGACUGACAGGACAUGUUACAGCUGAUAGGAUUCAAAGUCAGCCGGUGUCAUCUAUGACCAGUCCAGAAUUGCAAGGAGAAGGAUCAAGAAAAAACCUUCAGUAUGGCCUUGCAGACCUUCCCAGAGCACAUUCUAGUGUGGGAAAUGGAAGUAUUAGAUAUCCACCUCCUUCACCACACGAAGGAAUACCAGCUAUGGCAGUAAAACCUGUGGCAGUCACAAAACCUUUUAAUUCGUCUGUAGAAAAGUCACAGUGGAGGAGAGAAUAUGAUGCCCAGCAUGAGACUGAAGUCAAGAGACCAGGUGAAUCCAGAACAGAAAGUAGAGAACUUGUAGAUAGUAAUAACAGUGAAACUGAAGAGGAAACCACAUUAAAAAGUAAGAGGACAUGAUGAAUAACAGCAAUUCUUUUUAAAAUUUAAUUUUUUUUUGGUGAGGUGGGAGAUGGGAGAGUGGUUCAGUAGUGGUGACCUUAGGGCAGCAUGGCAUGGUAUUAAGAAUAGGUCCUCUGUUUAGCUUGUGAAAUGCUUUUGAAAAAACUGUGGAACUUGGAGGCGUUGAUGAGUGUGAUCUUCCCAACAUGCUUAAUUCUUUUUUAUGUUUGCUUUGAGAAACACAACUUCUCUCAUAAUGUUUCCACACUAAAACAGUCCCUGAGGCUGUCAUAUAGUGGCAGUUUGCUUAUGAAAUUUGGUUUCAACGGCACUAAAAAAUGUACACUUGUUUCUGUACUAGUUUCAUUUUGGCUUCUCUGUCUUGUGAGUGGAAUUAAUAAAAGCUUGGAGAUAGUUAUUCGUGUGCAAGAAAGCUGUUGACAUUGUUUCUAGAUACUUUAGGGAUGUACCAUUGAAGGUUUUCAUUUUCAAUUUGGAAAACGUGUGCUCAGCUGGCCAUCAACAUUUCAAACUUGAUGGCAGGUAGUCUUUUUGGCAUUCAACUAUAAAUUAGUGGGAUAACACAACUAGUUAAAUUUACAAUGGCAUUUUUAGAUUUAAAAAUUGUACUACGAGCUUUCUCCAAAUAUUGUUUCUAUAAUAUUAUUUGCAAAAAUAUUGGUCUGGAAACAAUUUAAAAUGUUUUUGACAGGCUGGUUUAAAAGCUCAAAAGCUGGCAUUACUUUUUAUAAAUUAUUAAUGUUAUUAUGCAGGCCUAUAAUUAUGUAAAGCACAUUGAGUCUGGCUGAUGCUGGAUAAAGGCACUAUACUAGUGUACUAUUUAUUAUUGCUUCCUGCACUGAUGAAAGAUCAUGCUUAAUUUAUAGAGACAUAAUCUUCAUCUGUUGAUAGAAAUAUUUUUAUUAUUUGCAGUGCAUGCUUAAAAGCUGUACAUAUUUAUGUUUGACAAAUGCUGAAAUGUUGAUUGAAUGAUUAACUGUUGUGAAUAUUUAUUGUUCAUGUUUUAACAUGAACAAUUACUUUUAUUUCUAUGUUCAACUGUUGUACAUGAGUAACUCAAAUGUUUACAGUUGCGCAUACUGCAUAUAUGCAUGUUUAACAUAUGAGUGACUUAUAGGUGUAACAUUUCUGUGCCAUUCUGCAAUCAUGACUGUCAGUAUGAUACAGAUGUGGCAUAUUUAGUAUACAGUAUUGUUAUUUUAACUACAGAAGUCUGUUGUACAGAUAUGGGAGGGGAGGGUAUGGAGUGAUGGGGUUAGCAUUGUGUGUAUGGGUUCAUAUUCAUAGUGGUAUGGAUGAACAUGGUAGCAUAGACAGUAAAGAUGUUGACUUAUAAAACAUUCAUUUAUUAAAUGCUGCAUGAACUGAGAAAUUUAGGAUGCUUUCAGUGUAAUAUAUGUAUAUACAUAUUUUUAAUGUGUAUAUUAUGGAGAGAAGCAAAGGGCUUAAUGUUAGAAAGGUGAAUUGUGUGUUUCAGUCUGUUACUAAAUGAGAAACAUAUACCCAAAAAUUUUGAUUAAAGGAAGUAUGAAACAUUCACUAUCUGUGCCAUCUAGUCUUAUCACUGUUAUAAAUGGAAUUUUUUCCUGCUGACUGGUGCUGAUGUUUGCAUUUUUCAGUGGCUAUCUUCAUAUUUAUUUUUUACUGCACAAACCCACUGUCAUUGCUGCAUCAGGUCUUAGAAAGCUAUAGUGUAUUACACAAUAAUCAGACUAACCAGUGACCAAAAGUUUGUACUAUUUAGUGUUAUGAAAUGGAUUUCCUUCUUGUUAAGCCACUGGGUUGACCUAUUUUCUGGUAUCAUAGAAAAUCAUUUGUUAUUGGAACAAAAAUUCUAUCUGGGAAAUGAUUGUUUCAUUUCACAACAGGAAAGAACAUACCUUUAAAUGUGUGUUUACUCCAUUAAUUUAUCUGGCAACCAAUGGUGACAUUCUUUGGCCUUCUCUUUGAGGACAGCCCACUUGAAGUUAUUUUGAAUUUCACGUUUCCAGAUAAGAAUUUUGCAAACCAUUCUUUCACUGUUGAACUGCUGAUGCAUUAUCACUAAAAGUUGUUCACACAUUGCAAUCUGGUUCUGUUGUUUCAUACCCCCCAAUGCAGAAAGAGAGUUGGAACUAGCUAUUUCUCUCUGUAGCACAAUGAAAUGUAAAGCCAUGACAAGCAUGAUGACAAUACAGAUGUCAAACAAAAUAUCAUAAAAACAGCAUAAAUUAUUUAGUUGACCAAAUUAAUAGCUUGCUUUUUAAAAUUUGAAAAUGGUCAGCACUUUUGUAACCCGAUAAUGAAGUUUACAACUGAGAAUUGCAUUCUACAUAGGUCUUUCUAAUGUCCUGUUUUUCUGCUUUUUAAUGUAAGUUGGUACUUUAGUACAUAAUGAUUACUGCUAAGAGGAAAGUUUUUUUUUUUUACUAAACAUCGACAAUGUUGUGGAUCGUGACAAUGUUAUAUGUUUGUAAAACAAUAAAAGAACUGAAAAAAC